UAAUUAUGCACGCGGUCGGUCGGCCAUAGUUUGAAGUGUCGCCUCUUGUUUACAGUUACUCGGCUUUACACAGUUCACGCUUGCUUGUGUACGUAGAUUGUGCUUAUAAACCACUGCAAUAUUGGUUUAUCAUGGCCGAUGUGCUGGAUAUUAACGACGCAGUCGACAUCGAUGUGGAAGACGAAGGCGAGCAGAGCGUUUUGAGGCUAAAAGAUAAAGUUCUUAAGCGGAAGGGACGAGGCAUUGGAGAAUCUCGCGAACACGAAAAGGUUAGAGACUACGAGUCCGUUGAUAUUGGAGAUCAUGGAGAUGAGCCCGGGCCCCAAAAGUCCGUCGAAGGUUGGAUUUUGUUUGUAACCUCAGUUCAUGAGGAAGCAACCGAAGAUGAUCUGAAUGAGAAGUUCUCAGAAUUUGGUACUAUUAAGAAUAUCAGUAUCAAUUUAGACAGAAGAACUGGGUUCUUAAAAGGAUAUGCCCUAAUUGAAUAUGGGACAUAUGAUGAUGCCAGUGCAGCAAGGGAAGCACUGAAUGGUACUAGCCUUUUGGGUCAGACCAUUGGAGUAGACUGGUGCUUUGUAAAAGGUCCCAAGAAGUCAAAGAAAAAGAGCAAGAGACAUUAAUUAUUGUAGUUAUAUAUUUAUUUAAUUUCAUAAAUCAAUAAAAUCAUAUUGUGUGUUUUUUAUUAAUAUUAUAAAUCUGACCCCUUA